AGGAGGAAGCAGAGGGGGCGCCACGCUGCGCAGCCGAGGCCAUGGGCGCGCGGGCCUGCGCGCUGCUGCUGGCGCUGCUGCUGGCGCGGGGGGACCAGGAGAAGAAGCCGGAGAAGCAGGAGGCCGACCUGUUGUCAGGUCCCUGCGGCCAGAGGACCAUCCCGCCGCGCGUGGUGGGUGGAGAGGACUCGGUGAUCGGGCGCUGGCCAUGGCAGGGCAGCCUGCGUCACUGGGACUCCCACACUUGCGGAGCCAGCUUGCUCAACCGCCGCUGGGUGCUCACAGCUGCGCACUGCUUCGAAGAUUCGAGUGACCCCUUUUCAUGGUCGGUCCAGUUUGGCGAGCUGAGUGCCAUGCCAUCUUUCUGGAACCUUCAGGCCUACUACAAUCGUUACCAGGUGCAGAAUAUUUACACGAGUCCCAGGUACCUGGGGUCGACAUCCUAUGACAUUGCCAUGGUGAAGUUGUCCACCUCCGUCGUGUACACUAACCACAUCCAGCCCAUCUGUCUCCUGGCCUCCACAUUAGAGUUCGAGAACCGGACAGACUGCUGGGUGACCGGCUGGGGGCACAUUGAAGAAGAUAAAUCUCUGCCAUAUCCCUACACCCUCCAGGAAGUGCAGGUUGCCAUCAUAAACAGCUCCAUGUGUAACCACCUGUACCAACAAAAAGAUUUCCGCUUAGACAUCUGGGGAGACAUGGUUUGCGCUGGUUAUGCCGAAGGCGGCAAGGACUCCUGCUUCGGUGACUCAGGUGGACCCUUGGUGUGCGAGAAGGAUGGACUGUGGUAUCAGGUUGGAGUCGUGAGCUGGGGAGUGGGCUGUGGUCGGCCCAACCGGCCCGGUGUCUACACCAAUGUCAGCCAGCACUUCAAAUGGAUCCUGAAGCAGAUGACCCGGAGUGGCAUGCCCAGGCCAGACCCCUGCCUGCCGCUGCUCCUCCUCACGCUGCUCUGGGCUCCCCGACUCCUGCAGCUUGGGGCUUGAGUGUCCUGCGCCCGUGAGGAUCGAGUCGCCUGCUGAGCCAGGCUCUGGUCUCUCCUGUCCUGUGUGCCAAUAAACACGUUUGAGUGAC